GCCAACCAAAUGUUGAGCCCGUGCCCACAGACCCGUACACCUUACAGAUGCCUAAUGUCGCCAGAUUCUACCCACUUGCUUCCUCAGGUUCUUAACCCCUCUCCUUGAAGCUUCACACUCAAUGGCUCAAAGCCACGGCUGAGAAUACCAGUGUCCGGAAACCACACUCCUCCCUCUUCUCCUCCUUGCUUUAUUUCCAUCUCCCCAGAUCAAUCAUACACACACACACACACUGCGCACACCGUUCAUGGACGAAACCCCCCACCGCCGCACCGGUGUUGGCGCCGGAGUCCGGCUGAAGCAGAAGCUGGCACAGCUCCUUGUGCGUUCUUCUUGCACCACCAACGCCACCAAGAUCACAACCACCCCGGCCACGGCCUUCGUUAGCCUCGAUAAGGCCAACACCCACCCCUGCCAAGAGCCACGACAUUCCCCUGACUUGUGCACCCACUGCACCUACAAGAGGCCCAACCUGAUGGAAGGCAGCCGCUCACGCCGCCACCGUCGCCGCAGCGCAUCGGUCGUCCACGCCUCCAUCGACAACCCAGGCCAGGUCUCCGGUCGCCGUUCUGUUCACUCCAAUGUUCCUCUCCUGCCGCAAUCGUUGCAGACGAGCGAUGCAAAGAAGCAGACCAAGAAGAGCAUGCGGGCACGCUCUACGUCGGUGUCAAGGCGGCAUGGCUCAUACUCCUCUUGUCGGCGUCCGCGGAUGAACUCCGUGCCGUACAGCUGCUCUUCGUCCACCGCGACCGACGAUGAAAGCGGCGCCGAUGCUGAGACGACGACGCUCUUCUCGUCCCUCAGUUUCUCCUCCGACUCGGCCUCCGAGUUUUACCACACCAACAGUAGCAAUGCCUCCAGGAAGAGCCACGGGAACGCGCCGCGCCGAACGACCCGGCGCGCGUUGCCAAGUGCCAGGGGCCCACCCGAUGCCUUCCGGCAGCGGGUGAACUUGGCGACGAAGGACCACCACUGCAAGAACAGCAAAAGGGAUGAGGGUGCGAAUGCGAUCAAGAAGAUGGGCGUGGAAGAAACCGGAGCCAUUGGCGUGGGCAUGGCGGUGGUGAAGCGAUCGAGCAACCCAUACGCAGACUUCCGGAGCUCGAUGGUGGAGAUGGUCGUGGAGCGUCGUAUCGCCAGCGUGGGGAAGAUGGAGGAGCUCCUGGAGUCGUACCUCUCGCUCAACUCGCUGGAGCACCACCCGGCAAUCAUCGCCGCCUUCGAGGACGUUUGGGAGGCCGUCUUCAGCGAGGCGUGACCACGUGAGUCUUCGGCGAGGCGCGAGGAGCUAGAAGCGUGGAAGAGUUCGUUGUAGUACCUUGUUAGUUGAGGACCGAUGGUACGCGCGGUGUUGUUCUGGUUUUCAGUUCGUCUUAGCUACGUACUUUGCAGAUGUAGGUACAUGUCCAAUGCAGAAUUGGUGGCAUCGCUCGUGCUAUCAAAAUGUUGCGGUGCUAAUAUUAGUUACUAGCUUGUCUCUCGUUGAGCACUUUGAGCCUUGGAGUUCUAUCAUAAAUGAUUUGAAUUA